UGACUGACUGGAGUAAUAAGAAUACUACUAAUUAGCAUGAAGAUGAAGCAGUACGUUAUCCUGAUGACGGUCCUGUUGGCAUGGCCGGCCACCUCGGGCUCCGGCUCGGCCAACCAUCACCAUGGACUACGCGCCGACCUCACCCACAUCGACAGCGGCCGUGGCUUCACCAGAAACGAGCUGCUCCGCCGGAUGGUCCUCCGGUCGAGGGCACGCGCUGCCAAGCAGCUAUGCCCAUCUAGGUCCGGCACCCCGGUGAGGGUGACCGCGCCCGUGGCGAGUGGCUCCCACGUCGUAGGCUACACCGAGUACCUCAUCCACUUUGGCAUCGGCACGCCACGCCCGCAGCAGGUGGCGCUGGAGGUGGACACCGGUAGCGACGUCGUCUGGACGCAGUGCCGGCCGUGCUUUGACUGCUUCACGCAGCCUCUCCCGAGGUUCGACACCUCCGCCUCCGACACCGUCCACGGCGUCCUGUGCACGGACCCUAUCUGCCGAGCCCUGCGCCCACACGCGUGCUUCCUCGGCGGGUGCACGUACCAAGUCAACUACGGCGACAACUCGGUCACAAUUGGCCAGCUCGCCAAAGACUCCUUCACCUUCGACGGCAAGGGCGGCGGCAAGGUGACCGUGCCGGAUCUUGUCUUUGGAUGUGGCCAGUACAACACCGGCAACUUCCAUUCCAACGAGACAGGCAUCGCCGGCUUUGGCCGCGGCCCAUUGUCGCUGCCUAGGCAGCUCGGGGUCAGCAGCUUCUCCUACUGCUUCACCACCAUAUUCGAGUCAAAGAGCACCCCCGUGUUCCUAGGCGGCGCUCCGGCGGACGGCCUGAGAGCGCACGCCACGGGGCCGAUUCUAUCCACUCCGUUCCUACCCAACCACCCCGAAUACUACUAUCUUUCUCUGAAAGGCAUCACGGUCGGCAAGACGCGGCUAGCUGUCCCGGAGUCGGCGUUCGUGGUCAAGGCGGACGGCUCCGGCGGGACGAUCAUCGACUCAGGCACGGCCAUCACCGCCUUCCCGCGGGCCGUGUUUCGGAGCCUCUGGGAGGCGUUCGUGGCGCAGGUGCCGCUGCCCCAUACCUCCUACAACGACACCGGCGAGCCCACCCUGCAGUGCUUCUCCACGGAGUCGGUGCCGGACGCGAGCAAGGUGCCGGUGCCCAAGAUGACGUUGCAUUUGGAGGGCGCGGACUGGGAGCUUCCGCGAGAGAACUACAUGGCGGAGUACCCCGACUCGGACCAGCUGUGCGUCGUAGUUUUGGCGGGUGACGAUGAUCGGACAAUGAUAGGCAACUUCCAGCAGCAGAACAUGCACAUUGUCCAUGAUUUGGCCGGCAACAAGCUGGUCAUCGAGCCCGCGCAGUGUGACAAGAUGUGAUGUAAAUAACGACGAGUCGACCACACACUCGUUUCAGGUGAAAACGAACUACCGACAACAUCCAUCGGACCAGUGACUAUGUUACCCUUGUUCGUUCGUGCUCCUUCCGUUAAGAAAUACUUGUCAAAAAAAUAAAUAAACAUGAAUGUAUCUAGAACUAAAAUAUGUUUAGAUACAUCUAUUUCUCUGUCGAAUAUUUUCGGAUGAAGGAAAUAGUACGAACUUGCUCCAAGUAAGAAAUGUCUUACACG